CCGCGCACGUCUUUAUAUUGCCACGAAGUGACAAUUAACUUCUGUUGGGGCCGCGAUACGCACGAUAUUCACGGUGAAGAUAAAAUCUAGUCCUCCGCGAAUCAAAGCGUAGCAGUAAGCAGCAGAGUGUGAGGUCACACGGAUUAUUCAACAUUGUGCGGCUGUGUUGUUAUUUUACACUAUUUAUUUGUUAUCAGACACAUUAGUUGAUGCUUGGAUAGUUAAAACACCAAUAUAUCGACAAAAGUAUAAAAAAAUUUUUGUAUCGUCCAACUUGUAUUUUGUCACCUCCGCAAGUACGCUCGACAUCAUAACAUCAACAUCGUAACUGCUUGCAUUACCCGUCAUAUCGAAAGCGUAAUGAAGUUCACCGCAAUAUCUCUCGGAUUCUGGCUAGCAAGUUUCCUAUGUGUCGUUAAAUUGACAGAAGGUGCGAGAAUCUUGGCGAUUGUUGCAGUGCCCUCCUAUAGUCACCAAAUAGCGUUUCAUCCGAUAUGGGCCGCUCUCAGCCGACGAGGACAUCAAGUUGUUCUUUUCACGACGGAUCCGAUCGGCGAUCCUAGCUUGACGAAUUUGACGGAGAUCGACUUCCGACAUACAUACGACGUGAUAAAGAAUAUAGAUUAUGCUAAACUAAGAUAUACCUAUGAUUGGAUGACUUUACAGCAGGGUAUUUUACAAUACAAAUCCUUGGCAAUAAUAGAAGAAAUCUUCAAGCAUGCGGAAGUACGUAAAUUGUACGCACCGAAUAGCGGUGAAAAGUUCGACGUAGUACUUGCUGAAGCAGUAAUAACACCUGGCCUCUACGCCCUGGCGCACAGAUUUAAUGCGCCUCUAAUUGGUGUAUUAUCGUUACCGUUGCAGAGUAGCCAUUAUUAUCAUCUCGGUUCGCCCAUUUUACCAUCGCAUCCUUCGACUUGGGAAAUGGAGGGCGUUACCGGUUUUAAUCUAUCAUUGUGGCACAGGAUAAAGAAUUUUAUUCGACUGUGGCGAUAUAUACAUUACGUACAUAACCAUUGUAUGCAGCGACAACAAGCAAUUGCGGAAAAAUAUUUGGGCAAAGAUAUACCUAAUGUAAGUGAGAUCGAGAAGAAUAUGAGUAUUAUGCUCGUCAAUCAACAGGAGAUUACCACGUUCGUCAGACCAGUACUACCGAAUCUGAUACAAUUCGGAAGUUUACACACAAUGAAGAAGCCCGCACCUUUGCCAAACGAUUUGCAACAAUUUCUGGACAACGCGCCGAAUGGAUUCAUUUAUGUGAGUCUAGGCACAAACGUAAAAAUGACGUCCUUUCCGUCAUAUGUGCUACGUGCGUUUUACGAGGUGUUUGCGAGUUUGCCGUAUAAAAUAGUGUGGAAAUUUAAUGGACAAUUGCCGGAAAAAUUUGACAAAAUUUACACCGCUACGUGGCUCCCUCAACAGAGCAUUCUCGCUCAUCCGAACAUUAAACUAUUCGUGUAUCAAGGCGGAUUACAAAGCACGCAAGAGGCUAUCCAUUAUGCAGUGCCACUUUUAGGGAUACCAAUGUUGUCCGAUCAGUACGGUAAUGUAAAUAGAAUGGUAUUUCUUGGCGUUGCAAAGAGUUUAGAUAUUACUAAUUUCUCGGUAAAGGAACUGAACUCAUCUAUUAUGGAUAUUUUAACAGAUGGAAGAUAUAAAGAGAGAAUGCUCAAAGUUAAGGCAUUGAACGAUGAUAAGCCUUAUGAUAUGCUGAAGCACGUAAUUUGGUGGAUCGAGUAUGUGAUUCGUCACAGGGAUGUUUCUCAUCUUCACACCAGUAUCAAAUAUGAUCCUUGGUACGAGAGGUACGACAUGGACGUUAUAGCAAUCUUAUCGAUCGUAACAUUUGUAAUAUUAGUGUGCGCAUUGAUGAUUAUAUAUAAAAUGCUAAAAAUAACGUUGAAAUAUUUCUACAAGAGAAAGGCAAUUAAUAUUAAGGAAAAAACUAUUUAACGUUAACAUAGCGCAAUUAAUCACAAUUAUGCGCGAAUAUUUUGGACAUCUCAAAUUAUAUUUCAACAUACGUCUCGCAAACGAACAACGUAACAACAAAUGUAACGUUUGCAAGCAUGAAUAAUCAAAGUUACCGUUCCUUAGUUCGGCGUAUAAUGAAUGUAUUUACGUAAUAAAUAAGUUUCAUAUUAUACUUGCGUAACGGCGAUAACUGUUACUGAUAGUCAUUAUCAGAAAAAACCGAGAUAAAAGGAAAAGUUUAGCGUUCAAAGUACGCCGUACUAUGUCAGAUGAAAAUAUUAAACGGUUCAUGUGUGGUACAAUAACAUGUAAGUAAAUACAUCAGUUUAUACGCUAUCGCUACUGUUGUAACAAUAUUUUAUCAUUUACUAACCUGUCUGAAAUAUUUAAUAGAUGUUUAUAUGCAACAAUGAAUAAACUGUCGACAAAAUAAUGAUUAAUCAGCAUUCCCCCGUUAUUGCCGUGCACGUUAUACUAAAAAUUGAAGAAUUUAUAGCAAAUUAUUGCUUGUCGUCGAUCGUAUGACUAACACCAUACAAUUGCAGCGUUCGGACCGUAGAAUUUUAAAUUCACACUGCUGACGUCACUCAAAUGGCUCGGUAUCUUGAGACAUUUCUAUACUUUAAAUCACGUGGAUCGCACAUGUAAUUCCUCAAAUACG